CCAUACACCUUGUGGGAGGUUUAUGGGUACUGUGGGAGUCCCCCCGUAAGGUGGGGGUGUACCCACCAAAAACCAGACGAUAUACCCUCGAGGUGCCUGUUACUGCAUAAUCUAUGGUUGCUGAAAGGAGCGUGAAGUGUGAAGCAAAUUGCGACGACCCAUUAAUCAGCAGCCACAUUCACGUCAUUCGUUACAAUUGAAUUGCCUUUCAUAUACCGUUACCUCUUCAUUUUCAUAUAUAUAUAUAUACAUUCCAAAUAUUGUAAAUUUAUAUAGUUUCAAUAUUAAAAUCAUAAUUACAACAACAAUUCGUUAUUUACUGCCAAUCCAGUAAACUUAAAUUCGAACUACCCAAGGCAAGGGCAAACCAACACACACAUGCCCAAAUAUAUGGUCAACUUCGAGCCUCAUCUGCGUAUCCUGGAUCAGCUGAAAUACCUGUCAGGUUGGUCGUUCCUUUUUCUCCCAUCUUUAUUUUCAUUUGUGCUAUUAUCGUACUGUGCUUUAAUACGAGUUUAUUAAAUUUGUUCAUUUUUCGUUCUACCUACAUAUCUACCUGCUCGUAAAAAACCGUAAGUAAUUUUCUAACUUCUAAUAAUUCGCUAAAAUGAGUAACGAGGACUAUUUUACUGAAGCUGAAUCAGACAAUUCGUCUAGUUUAAGUGAGCUUAAAAAACAGCGAGGUACUUUAAAGGGACGAUUAACUUUAUUUGAGAAGUACCUUAAUAAAUUAAGUAAUGUUACUUUGUCUGAAAAACAACAAGCAGAACUACUAUUGCGUAUAGAAUCAGUGUUAAAUUUAUUCAAUUCUUUUAAUGAAAUACAAGAGCAAAUCGAACAAUUAUGUAGCAGUUCAGAAUUACCUAAACAAUUGGAAUACAGAGAAUACUUUGAAAAUUUAUAUUUUGAUAUGAUGUCUGCUGCUAAGUGUUUUAUUAAAGUGGACACAGACAAAAGUGAGAGUUCUAAAUGUUCACACGCGUCCAUUAGUAAUAAUUCAGUCUCAGUUAAGCUGCCUGAGAUCAGGCUAGCCGUAUUUGACGGUUCUUACGACCAUUGGCUCGAGUACAAACAUUCUUAUUUAUCUAUGAUUCACAAACGUAGUGAUUUAGAUGCGAUUCAAAAAUUUCAUUAUUUGAAAUCCUCGCUCAGGGGUUCUGCACUUGAAGUUAUUAGUGCAUUGGAAUUCACCGCUGUUAAUUAUACCCACGCAUGGGAAUUAUUAGAGAGUAGGUAUCAUAAUAACCGUUUAUUGAUCCACAAUCACGUUAAAUCUUUAUUUACUGCACAGUCUAUUAAUAAAGAGUCACCAAUGCAAAUUAGAAAGUUAAUCGAUGUUGUGUUACGUAACCUUCAGGCUCUUAAAUCACUAGACGAACCGACAGACUCGUGGGAUACAUUAAUCAUUUAUAUAAUGGUGUCUAAAUUAGAUACCUCCACAGAACGAGAAUGGGAAAACCAUAAAGGUACCUUAUUUUCUAAUUUGCAAAAGGGUAAAAUAAAAUUAGAGGAUUUAUUAAAUUUUUUACGAAAUCGUGCCGACAUGUUGGACAUGGUUCAUAACAGCAAUUCACGCAAACCACAAAGUCAUUUGUCUAAUUCUAAUAAGUCAUUCGAUAAUAAUAAUAAUAUUAGUAGACGGCAGACAAAUGUCAAUCCACAAGUUCAGCAAUCGCAUAGUUUCGUGUCUACGCGUAAAUACAGUACAUCCGACAGGCCGAUGCGUCAGUGUGCGUUGUGCGGUAAUAUGCAUUCGUUAUACGCUUGUAUUAAAUUUCUUAACUUACCAGUUCAAGAGAGAAUUAAAUUUAUUAAUGAGAAAAAAUUAUGUUGUAAUUGUUUACGUGCGGGACAUUCGGUUUCAGAGUGUAAUUUCGGUCCGUGCAAGCAAUGUCAGAAAAAACAUAAUAGUUUAUUACAUAAUGAAAGUGUCUACAUUGCGUCUACGCCUGUUUCACCAGUGACCAGUGCGCAUAAUUCACAGUCAGCUGAUAAAGGGCAGGUCUCAGUAGUAUCACACGCAAUGAACUUUAUAAAUCAUGCUCAGUCAUCAAAUGACAAGGAACCUUCCAUAUCACUGUCACAAGUGUUAUUGUCCACUGCUCUUGUUGAGGUAAUGGAUAAUAACAACAAAUAUCACACAGCCCGAGCGUUGUUAGACAGUGGUAGUCAAAAUUGUUUUGUAUCAUCAAAGCUAUGCGAAUUUUUAAACGUAUCGAUUAUACAGUCCACUAUACACAUAUCUGGCGUGGGACAUACAGUCUCACAAUCAAAUAAAUUAUGCGAUAUUAAUAUGCGAUCGAAAACGAACGAAUAUAAUACACGAAUAAAAUGUUUCAUAUUGCCAUGCAUCACGUCUAGCUUGCCGUCCACUCAUAUUGACAGUGCCACACUAAGUAUUCCAGACGAUAUCUGUCUCGCGGAUCCUACUUUUAAUUCACCGUCAGCGAUUGACCUGCUGAUAGGUGCAGACGUAUUUUGGGACUUGUUGGACGAAGGUCGACUUCGAUUACCUAGCGGACCAUACCUACAGAAGUCUAAGUUGGGAUGGUUACUUUCAGGUCCUUUAUUAAUUCCUAAUAAUAACUUGCACAGUAAUAAAGUAAUUCAGUGUAAUUUUGCUCAAAUGUCCUCACUCGAUAUACAACUGCGUAAGUUCUGGGAACUGGAAGAAGUCAGUGGAUCGAAGAAUCUUCUCACUGAAGACGAACGUCAGUGUGAGGAGUCCUUUAUAAACACGACAAAACGAGACAGCAAUGGCAGAUUUGCAGUUCGAAUCCCAUUAAAGGAAUCGGCGGACGCGCUUGGUGAUUCAUAUGAAAAAGCCAAGUCACGUUUUCUUUCAUUAGAGCGCAAGUUAAACAAGUCACCUAAAUAUAAAGAGAUGUACGUUAAUUUUAUGCGCGAAUACAUUAACUUAAAUCACAUGACUCCAAUUAAAGAGUACACUCAACCCUGUUAUUUUCUUCCUCAUCAUGGGGUGUUUAGGGAACAUAGCAUCACUACAAAAUUACGUGUAGUGUUUGAUGCUAGUGCCACAACUACGACAAAUAAGUCGUUAAACGACAUACAGCGAAUAGGGCCACCAUUACAAAACGACAUCUUCUCCAUUUUACUUCGUUUUCGUAGUUAUAAGUACGUAGCGUGCGCAGACGUGGAAAAAAUGUAUCGUCAAAUUUUGAUUCAAAACGAUCAGCGUACACUGCAACUUAUAUUGUGGCGGGAAAAUUCUACGGACGAAUUAGUUGUAUAUCAAUUAAAUACGGUAACGUACGGGACGGCUUCGGCUCCCUACCUGAGCAUGCGUUGCCUGCGUCAACUGGCAUAUGAAACUACUGAUGAUGUUAUUGCUAGGGUCAUCAUCGAAGACUUUUUUGUCGAUGAUUUAAUCACUGGUGAUGAUGAUCCCGUAAUUUUGUCUAAUAUAUGCGAAAAUGUUUCGACUGUAUUAAAAUCAGGUUGCUUUCCGUUACGAAAAUGGACAUUCAACCAUGACGUAAACAUAAAAACAUCUAAAGAAUUAGCAAUUGGAGAAUAUUGUCAAAAUAAAACACUAGGACUAGGUUGGCAAGUCGACAAAGAUGAACUCCAUUUUACUACGAGUUUGGAAAAUAAGCCUAUCAUCACAAAACGCACUAUUAUGUCAAUCAUUUCGCAAAUAUAUGAUCCUUUAGGACUUUUAUCUCCGACUAUAAUUAUUGCAAAGAUAAUGUUACAAAAAUUAUGGUUGCUCAAAAUCGAUUGGGACGAUGUGGUUCCCAUCGACAUAGAAUGUCAAUGGAAUCAAUUUUUAAAUACGUUAUCACAUCUGCCCGAAUUACGUAUACCUCGCUAUGUCAUGAGUGAAGAUAAACAAACCUGUGAACUACACAUUUUUACCGACGCCUCACAAGACGCAUAUGGCGCUUGUGCGUACAUACGUACUUAUAAUAGUGACAGUGAUUUGCCUAUAACUAUUAAAUUGUUAUGUGCGAAAAGCAAAGUGGCACCGGUAAAAACUGUGUGCACUAUCCCGCGACUUGAGUUGUGCGGAGCAUUACUAGGUGCGCGGUUGUAUCAUAAAAUAAUCAAUUCACUUAGAUUAACAUUCACAAGAAUAAUUUUCUGGACCGACUCCACUAUUGUUAUCGGUUGGCUUAGAAUGUCACCUUAUAAUUUGAAGACAUUUGUUCAAAACCGUGUAUCACAGAUUAAUGAACUUACGGGUGAUGCAGUGUGGUUGCAUAUAGACGGCAAGAGCAACCCUGCUGAUAUCGUGUCGAGAGGCCUUACAUUAAAUAAACUUAAACAUAAUGAAUUAUGGUGGCACGGGCCAUUAUUUUUGCGAGACCGUAAUUUAACUUAUUCAAAUAAUAUUUUUAUAGAUCAAACUCAAUUACCCGAAGUUAAGACUCAACAUAUUAGCAUGGUAUGUAAUGAAUUAAAUUAUAACAACGAACUGGUUGAUUUUAACAGAUUCUCGUCAUUCAAUCGAUUACGACGCGCCGGUGCAUAUGUAUUGCGUUUUGUAAAUAAUAUUCGAGUGAGUAAGCUACAUCGUACUGUUGGUCCUUUAUCUACCAAUGAAUUAAAUGCGUCAGUUAUUAUGCUGACACAGCUCGCGCAAUCACAAUCCUUUUCUGAGGAGUAUAGUGAUUUAGUUAAGCGAUCAGUAGUAAAGGCAAAAAGAUUGAUUGGUUUAAAUAUUUUCGUGGACGAAAACAAAUUAAUCCGCGUUGGAGGAAGGUUACGGAACUCGCCCCACUUCGAUAAUGAUAAAAAACACCCAGUCUUAUUGUGUAGUAAACAUCGAUUAACAAUAUUAUUGUUUAGAUAUGAACAUAUACAAUUGCUACAUGGAGGACCACAACUCUUAUUAGCUUGUAUACGUGAAUCCUGGUGGCCUCUAGGAGGACGAAACCUGGCUAGGAAAACAGUACAUGACUGUGUCACGUGCACGCGUAUGAAGGGAAGAACUUUUCAGCCGUUAAUGGGUGAUUUACCUGCGGAACGCCUAGAGCCUGGAUUUCCAUUUAUGCGCAGUGGUGUAGAUUAUGCUGGGCCGGUGAUGAUAUUGAAUCGCCGGACCAGAGGAGCUACUCUUAGUAAGGGAUAUAUUUGUUUAUUUACUUGUUUGUGUACACGUUCCAUACAUUUAGAACUAGUCACUAGUCUUUCCACUAAUGAUUAUAUCCUUGCAUUAAAGCGAUUUAUAUCUCGCCGGGGUAAACCUGCGGAAAUCAUGUCUGACAACGGUCGAAAUUUUGUUGGGGCUGAAAAAGAAUUGUAUUCAUCCAUUUAUGAUAAGAGUAAGGAAAUUAAAGAUUUUUCAUCAAAUAAUAAUAUUAAAUUCAGCUUCAUUCCUCCAUACGCUCCUCACUUCGGCGGUUGUUGGGAAUUAGGAGUGAAAUUAUGUAAACACCACCUUCGUCGAGUAGUCGGAAACUCUAAUCUUACGUUUGAAGAACUCAGUACGGUAUUGGCACAAAUUGAAGCCAUCCUCAACUCCCGUCCUUUAACUCCUCUCUCGACAGACCCCAAUGACCUUCAAGCCCUCACUCCCGCUCACUUCCUCAUCGGCCGACCUUUGACAGCGCCGGCCACUAGAGACGUAACUGACAAGCCAACUCACCGCUUGCUGCGCUACGACGUGAUUGAGCAGAUGAGACAGCACUUUUGGAGACGAUGGGCAAAAGAAUACGUCUCGGAAUUACAAUCAAGAUCUAAAUGGAAGACUAACCAGAGCGAGGUUGAACUCAAUAAACUCGUUCUCAUUAAAGAUGAUAACCUGCCUCCACUGCAAUGGAAGUUAGGCAGGAUAAUACGUAUUUAUCCCGGGACCGAUGGUAUAUCGAGAGUAGCAGAUCUUCUUACUUCAUCUGGAACUACACGAAGAGCCUUUUCGAAGAUCUGUCCAUUACCCGUAGAAGCUGAUACCGCAGCAUCUAUUUAAUC